UUAAAAUUAACUAUUUAAUCAUCCAGCUGUCACUUGUUCCAACCUAAAAAAAAUCGAUAUUUAAAGGACCAAAAAAAGAUAUAUGGAUCAUCAAACAAUGCCGGAAGUAAAAAAGAGACAAAGGAGCAAGCGUGACGCUAAAUCAAGAGUGCAAAUCAAUGGAAGUUUAUCAAACGGGAAUUCAACUAAAAUUGAUAAAAUUGACAAUGCGGAUGAGAUAAAAAAAGAAGAAGCUAAAGUGUCGGAGCUUGAAUUAAUCCAAAAAGAUUUAAACAGUGUCUCGGAUAAUUUUUUUAAGCGCUACUGCAAUUUGUUGGAGCUAGACUUGUCCGACAACAGACUGUUUUCUCUCCCAAGCGCUAUCACGUGUUUAGUCAAGUUGGAGACUUUAAUAUUGGAUAGAAAUAAAUUUAGAGAAUUUCCGCAAGUUCUGGAAAAGCUUGAGAGCUUAAAAGUGCUGAGUAUUGUCAAUAAUAGGCUGGAAAAUUUUCCAGAAAAUUCCGGAGCUUUGUUAAAGGCAGAAAAAAUAAAUUUUUCGGGAAAUUGUAUUAAAUUUUUACCAACUUCUUGGGAAAAAAUGACGCGCUUAAAAAAUUUGGAUUUAUCGGAUAAUUAUUUUAAAUUUAUUCCGUCCUGUAUUGAGCUUGGAAUGCCAAUUUUGGAGAGUUUAAAUUUAUCUGAUAAUAAAAUGAAUAUUGACGGGCGAGUUUAUAGUCACAGAAUAAAAAAAUUCUACGGAAGGAAUAAUAAUAAUGUCCGGCUUCAAUUUCCACAGUGGAUUUUUUCCGGGAAAUAUUAUAAAUUUGAAGAGCUUAAUUUUGAAAAUUCACUUUUUGAUUUAAUUAAAAUUCCUCCUAAUCCAAAAAUUAGAGUAAGAGUUUUAAAUUUACAACGCUGUAAUUUUACAGAGAAAAAUAUUGCCGCUAUUUUGAGCGAUAUUGAAUCUGUUGAGGAGUUAAAAAUUGGAAAUAAUCAUUAUAGUUACGCGGGAAAUUUAUUUACGGAAUUACCGAUGGAAUUUAUUAACUCACCUGGAGAGAUUAAGGUAUUUCAUUCACAAGCGGUUGGGCUUUCGACCGUUUCUCCCAAGAUUAAAGGUCUGGUUAAUGUUACGAUGAUUGACUUUAGCCGGAACCACAUCAGCUGGCUUCCGGAUGAAUUUUGCUGUUUGAAAAAAUUGGAGAUUUUGUUAUUGGCGCAGAAUACUUUGAUUAUGUUGCCCGGGAAUAUUGGAAAGCUGGAGAGCUUGAGGGUAUUGGAUGUUUCGAGCAAUCAUAUUUGCUCGUUGCCGGAGUCUGUGAAGGAACUUGAGAAGAUUGAGUAUCUGGAUAUUUAUGCUAAUGAUUUGAGAGAGUUACCGGAGUAUCUGAAGGAUUUUGGGAGUCUUGUGGGAUUUGAUGUUGAGCAGAAUUAUAUUGAUGUUGAUAAUUAUCAAAUACUAAACUUUAAAAAUCUCCGUGAAUCACUGAGAGCCUACAAUAAAUCAGAAUUAAAGCUAGAUGGUCCAAAGGUAGAACCCCAGAGCAAUUCAUCAAACAGUUCAUUUAGUUCACGUAGUUCCACCGAAAGUUUCUCCACUCUCUCGAGUUCAAUGUCGCAAGUGUGUUCAAUAAAAACCGAAGACUGGGACAAAGACAGUGACAGCGCGGAUGAUUUUGACGCCUAUAAUCCACCGCAAAUUAUUGAAAAAGACUGCUUUACACCAAAGUACAUCUACGGCAACCCAAUGUACUUUUGCCCCGCAGAUUUACAUGUACCCAGAGUGAAAGAUGUAGUAGCUGAAAAUUACGCUCGGGGAAAAUAUCCGACGCGGCAAAUUGUCGAAGGACAAUUCGACGAUAUUGACUAAAUAAUUUAUUAUAUAAUUAUAUUUUUGACUUUUUAUUUUUAAGACUUAUUAUAAUUUUUUCUUCAAUUAAUUUUAUGUAAAUAAUUGAGAAUACUUACAGUUAUAAAAUUUUUAUGAAAAGUGAGACGCAAUCAAGUUAAGUUCACAAGUUAAUAACUGAUUAAAUUAUAAAUUCAAGCUUGGCAAAUUUUUACUGCCAAGAAAAAGUGAAUUUGUUUUGAAAAUUUUUGAGUUUAUAGAUGUUAUCAUCUUAUUGUUGUAGAACAUGUUAUAAAACAUUCCAUUAUUAUGAAAAUAAUAAUAAUAGUACCGAUUGUAAAUCAAUCAUUAAUGUAAAGCGUUGAUUCGUUUUAUGGUACUUUAAGUUUUGUUAUUGCAAACGCAAAC